CUUCUCUUCCGACUUCUCUCUCUCUCUUUCUCUCUCUCUCUCUCUCUCUCUCAUUCUCUCUUUCUUCCUAUCUAUCUAUCUCUUUUCAUCUUUCCUUCCUCUUCUCCUUCGCUCUUCUUUGACCUUCUUCUCUCCGCAGGCUUCCUUAUCCCCUCCUUUCCUUCUUCCGAAUACUACUCCUUGAGGUCGGUCAGAGGCAUCGUCCUUCUCAUGUACUGUACCAAAGACGGUGGCAUUAGGAGAAAGAAGGAGAGAUAGUUCGCACCCUGACCCACAAGUGGGUAUCGCUCUUCUUUCGCUCCAAUCAGUCAGUCAGUCAGUCAGUCAGUUAGUUAGUCGAUCGGACGGUAAAACGACGGAUGCAGACUCACCGCGUUGUAAUUAUUUAUCAUCGAAUUAUUCGUGAUAAAACGUUUAUUUUACACGCACGUGACAUCCUCUAGCGAUAGUGUAUUAAAAAACAUUUCUUUUUUCUUAUAAAUCUUUACGUUUUUGACGAAGAAGAAGAAAAAGAAGAGAAAGAAGAAGAAGAAGAAGGAAAAGAAGAAGAAGAGGAUAUACUUUAGAGAUAAGAGAAAGUAUAAAGAAAAAAAGGAAGAGAUAUAUAAUAAAAGAAGAUAUAGAAAAAGAAAGAAGAAGAAGAAGAAGAAAGAUCAAAGAUGAUACUAAGAGCAGCCCUAAGGGGCAUCGUCCUUUUCGUUAUACUCAUUGGAAGAUCGGUCGAUGCUCAAGACGAUGACUCUUUAGCCGGCAGCUUCUUAUCAGGAAAAGAAAGCGAUUAGUAACAAAUCCGGAACAACUAGAAAUCUUUUUUUCUAAUGACGAAUACCUACGUUAAAGAUCGUGGUAAUAGUACGUAUUUAUAACGACGUAUCCUACGAUGAGACAACAUUCAAAGGUGAUCGAGGAAAUAAAUAAAUAAAUAAAGAAAUAAAUAAAGAAAGAAAGAAAGAAAGCGAGCACAGAGUGCCUCUAGAUACACAUAUGUACCAGUCGAGGUUUCGAGAAAUAGAAAUUCGCAUACGCGCACGCGUAUGCGGCGCACGCUUUUAUAGGUAGAAUCUGGAAGGAUGCGACUGUCCCACUUAGGAACGGUAUAGCGUGCUAUGCGGAUAACGUUCGAUUCGUUGGCGGGUAUAAAGACGGCCUGCCAAAUGGAAAGAGUGGUAUACGUGGACAUAUCUUCGAUGAUAACGAAUAUAUUAUAAAUAAUAGAAGGAAUGUUAACAAAUCUUAAAAAAGUUCCAAGAAUUUAUCCAAGUAUCGUAAUUACCGUUCUCACGUUAGGAACGAUAAUAAUAAACGAUAAAAUGAGCUCGUAGUCGAUACCCUCUUGUAACCGAUAACGGUUCUUAAACUACAUGCUGCUUUAUUUAUUUCCUUUUUUUUUUCUUCAUUCAAGAAAUAGCAAGAAGUAGAUAAGUUGAACGAAAGAAAAUGGAAUAGCGUUUGGAGAUUAGAGGAUUAAAGAGCAGAGAUACUUGUUACGAUGAUAGAUGACGAUGGUCCCGAUUCGAAAGAAACCAAUAUUCGAUGAGAUUCGUGUGUCAUAGUCGAGUUCGAAAAACUAUUACGUUAGAUACGACGAGAGGCACGUGUAUAAGAGCCGUCUUUGGCUACACGCGACGAGUCGAAGCGCUCGUUAACUACCGUUAUGUUUGUUUGGGCCGUUAUGCCUGCCAAAGUGAAACCAACUGGCUUUCCUCGAUACGUUGCGUGCGAAUAUCACGGAUACUACUUGCCGUUUUCGUCCGUCACGUACGACUAAACGUCCUCGAGAAUUAUCUUUGCUAAUUUUUUUCCUAACUUUCUUAAUCGGGAACUUUUUGUCUUUCUUCUGGGAAGUGAGUCAAUGAGAAUAGCAUUUGGAGAUUUAAAGAAAGAGGAAAACGUAGGUUUUUCCUGGUCACGCUAACUAACAGCAUAAUUGUACGAGUUGACCGGAAGUUCCCUCGUUGCUCCUAUCGCUUAACGGAUCACGCGAGUUACUCUUCUUACUUAUACCACUAAAGUACACGUACGACAUUCCAUUCCCAAGAUGUACCUACAUAGAAUACAUAUAUUUCAUAUAUAUUAUAUACAUAUGUAUAUAUAUACUUCCCAAGUAAACGAUCGAAUUCCUAAUAAAAUAGAUUUCGACGUAAACUAUAGGAUAAUCGAUAAAAUAUAUUGGGAAAUAAAUUCCCAACUGGUCGUUAACUCCUCCCUACGAUAUCUAAUGUCAAGAUCAAGUUCAGUCAUCCUUGACCACUUUGAAAGCCGAUCGUAGAAUUACGUAUGCAGGAAUUUCUUCGCGGCUCUUGAUGUUCACACAGCUGCACCCGAUAUACAGUUACCUUUAACGUUGAAUUUAGGAUAGGGGAAGCACAUGAUACGAUAGCAUGGAUAGUUCCUAUAUUUUCUUUUGUAUCCUUUCCGAGCAAUGUUUUCUUUUUAAAAGGAUUCCAUUUGAAACAACGUAGGUCUCUUGGAUUCUAUAACCAGCACGGCAAAGAGUGCAGAUUGUCCUGGUGUUUGCGUGCAUGCACUUGCAACCUUGAUGUGCGAUGAAGUACUCGAAGAUGUUCAAUGUCCAACGAGUAGCAUGCGAUGCUGUAUCAUCGAGCCGGUUAAUUCUUCUUCUUCGUCGUCUUCCGAUGAAAAUCUCGUCGAGCAAACAACGACUCCUAUAAUUUUGUCGACUACGACUCCGUCUACGACGACGAUGACGACAACGACGACGACUACGACGAUACCGACGACGACGACGACGAUGACGACGGCGGCAACGACGACGACGAUGAAAACGACCACUACGCUCGCCUCUACCUCGAUUUCUACUACAGCCAGUAAACAAAACGAGUCAGAUGAUAAAUCUCAAGGAAAAACGUGCUCGGGAAUAUGUAUGCCGGAAAGGAUAGCCGAUUAUUGCGAUGCUAUACUCGCUAUAGACUCUCUCUGCAAGUCGGGACACAAAUGUUGCGUCACGAGAGAUGCCUUUGGUGAUUCUCCACCAGCGGAAUUAUUGGUGAUCGAUCGAACAAACACAAGUCGAAACAAUACGUCUAACAAAAAUGGUAUGUCUUCUCAAACGAGUACGAGACCUGGUAUUCACUCAACGAAUCCAUCAAUGGCUACGACGACGACAACUAGUACAACAUGGACGUCGACUAAACAACCGUCGACGGCAAUUGCGACAACAACGAGUACGACGACGAUGCAAACAAGACCAAAACCUACUUUGAGAAAACCGUGUAAAGGCGAAUGUACCAGCGGCCUAUAUGCUCUCUUCUGUGAUAACAUCGAUACAGAAGCUGAUUGUCCAGGAGAUGGAUCUUGUUGCAUUACCGAAUUACCUGUUAAAGAGGAAGCAACGACGACCGUCCGUCCGACUACAAGGCCUUCGCCUCCUCAACCUAAACUACCACCUUGCCCUGGUUUCUGCUUGCUGACAAUCAUGGCAGCAUUCUGUGAACGACCAAACGUGAUUAUUGCUAAAACAUCCACUUGCCAAUCUGGAUCGAUCUGCUGUGACAACACGAAAAGUCCGCCGCAGACUCCAAGACCACGACCGAGACCUACUACGAGACCAACAACCACCAUAACUUUACCACCCGAUCCACGUCCGGAGUGUCCUGGUUCUUGCAUCGUAUCCUACUUAUCCUUCACUUGCUUCAGAAAUGCAGAAUUAACGAGUUUGUUCAAGUGCAAGAAACAGGGACAUCAAUGUUGCGCACCGAAAUCAUUAAUCAGAGAACUUCACGGUGGAAAUAGUAGUGAACCGAUUUUGACUAAUAGAAAUGAUACUUACAACAAUAUCGUUACGGCUAGACCACAUACGACAGUCUUUGCUCCAACAGUUUACGAAACGACAACGAUGACGAUAUCGACGACUACGAAGAGUCCAGUGUACAGUAAAUAUGUAUGCGGUGUAAAAGGAACUUCUCGUGGCCCGAUUCAAGCUCGUAGUUCCGAAAGAGUUGCUCGUGUAGUUGGAGGGGAAGAUGCAGAUGCCAACGAAUGGUGUUGGCAGGUUGCUCUUAUUAAUUCUCUUAAUCAGUAUCUUUGUGGUGGAGCUCUUAUCGGUACUCAAUGGGUGUUGACAGCAGCGCAUUGUGUUACAAAUAUCGUGAGAUCCGGUGACGCGAUUUAUGUGAGAGUCGGAGAUCACGAUUUAACUCGCAAAUAUGGUAGUCCUGGUGCGCAAACGUUAAGAGUCGCUACGACUUACAUUCAUCACAAUCACAAUAGUCAGACUUUAGACAAUGAUAUAGCUCUAUUGAAAUUAUAUGGCCAAGCGGAAUUAAAGGACGGAGUUUGUCUUGUUUGUUUACCUGCUAGAGGAGUUAGUCAUACGGCUGGUAAACGGUGUACAGUUACUGGCUACGGAUACAUGGGCGAAGCUGGUCCCAUUCCUCUUCGAGUACGUGAAGCAGAAAUACCGAUCGUUAGUGAUGCCGAAUGUAUCAGGAAAGUAAACGCCGUGACGGAAAAAAUCUUUAUACUUCCAGCUAGUAGCUUUUGUGCGGGUGGAGAGCAGGGUAAUGAUGCGUGUCAGGGUGAUGGAGGAGGUCCAUUGGUUUGUCAGGAUGAUGGCUUUUACGAAUUAGCAGGUUUAGUAUCGUGGGGCUUUGGCUGUGGAAGGUUGGAUGUUCCUGGUGUUUAUGUUAAAGUAUCCGCCUUUAUCGGUUGGAUAAAUCAAAUCAUAUCGGUGAAUAAUCUUUAAUCGUCUUAUACAUGUUACUGAAAGAAUCCGAAAGAACUGAAACGUUUAUUUAUUAUUAAUAAAACGUUAAUACACUUUGGUGCGCAUUGCGUUGUAAUAUGUUUAACGACGUGGUGCACGCGUAACGAGGAUGACGAAUAAAUUGUUUACAAUCGUCGUCGGAAGCAUUGAAUGCCUGUGCCAAAAAAUUAUAUUUUAUAAAAUGCUAAGCUAAUUUUUUGUUAUGCGUGCAACUCCGUGGGAUUUUUGAAUAAUAAGUGAACAAGAGGCUCGAUAAAAGUCCCCAUUUUUUUUUUUUUUUUUUUUUUAUAGGCAAACUUUGUGUGCUCCAUUUUGGCGCACUUAUGACAAUAAGAAAACCAAUAUUUUUCUAAUGUCAACGGUCCAAGAUAAAUUUCUUUUCUGUGCGCUCAUGUGCAUGUGGAUUAAUAAUUUAAAUUUAUUUUUUAUGUAUUAAGAAACAAAAAAAAAGAAAAAAAAAGAAUAGAAAUAUAACGUACAAGUUAUUUAUUUAUAGUAAAAAUUGUCGGUAAUAUAAAAUUAUAUAUCAGUUUUUUCUUUUAUAUACCUUUAUAUACAAUUUCUUUAGAGAUACCAUCUAUUAUUAAUGUUAUCUGUUUCUUUUGACGAAUAUUCCAAUUACAUAAUGUAAACUAGCCAUUUACGCUUAUUAUUACAUCAUGGAACGAAUACAACUUCCCGUUGAUAUUCAGACAUUCUUUAUUUUUACAGUAAAAUUUUGUAAAACUGUGCUUUGUAAAUUACUGCUUUAAUUCUCUAAGAUAUCUUCCUAAAUUUUAUCAUUAAGAAAUCUAUAUUGAUUUAUUUAAUAGAGAGGGAGGGGGGAGAAGGAAGAAGAAUUUGUAAAUGCCCAUAUUAAAGUUAGUCGUUAAGCGAUUUUAAAUUUGAUAUAUGCGUACAAGUACGAUUCCCUAAUAUCAAUAAAGAAUAUUGAAAUUCGAAUAAAUUUCCAAUUUACAUGUUGACAGAGGUCUUUCUCUGAAUAAAUUUUUCCUAUUUUGUUAUAUAUAUAUAUAUA